GCCAGCAGCUCUGUGCAGUUCUGUGCUUGAGUUCUUUUUUUUUCUUACAAAAGACAUAUUUAAAGUGGCAGUCGUCGUCUCAUUUUUCUAGUGGAGGUACCAGCGAGGGAAGGAUGGAGAGCUAAAUGAAAGAGAACAGUUGCCCUCGAAUUUUGCUUGGCGCUGGGCAGGCACGCAGGAGGGAGUGGAGGCCACUCGGAGUAGCACCGGGCUCUUCUCUCUUUCUGCCUUCUCUACUCCACUUCGCUUCCUUUGCCGUCGUGCGCGCCUCUGGUUGCUGCGGUGCCACGUCGCUUGGAGAGGCAACGGAGCCUCCAACUUCUCUCUUCCCCCCCCCCCCCGAACACACACUACUUCUCUCCCCUCCUCUUUCUUUCCACUGUGCGGAGCAGGACCGACCUUCGUGCCGCGUUGCCCCCGGGAGCUGCCUACGUCGCCCCGCGCCCGAAGGGACUUUGGGGGAAACUGCCUGCCCUGCACCUGUUUUCUCGCCCCUUCGGUCGACGUCCCUGCCUCUCGGCCAGAGAUGGAAUCGCUCACCUGGGUUUUCCCCUCCUUGCUGCUGCUCUGCGCCCAACACCACACCUGGACCAGAGCCCUGAAUGACGUUGGAGAUUAUAUCGGGUCAAACAUCGAAAUAUCCUGGUUGCCCAAUUUGGAUGACUUGAUUAAAGGAUACGCCCGGAAUUUUAGGCCAGGAAUUGGAGGGCCCCCUGUUAAUGUGGCUUUGGCUAUCGAGGUGGCUAGCAUUGACCACAUCUCUGAAGCCAACAUGGAAUAUACGAUGACUGUCUUUCUGCAUCAAAGCUGGCGGGACCACCGGCUGUCGUACAAUCGGACCAAUGAAACGCUGGGCUUGGAUAGCCGUUUUGUGGACAAACUCUGGCUGCCGGAUACGUUUAUAGUCAAUGCCAAGUCAGCCUGGUUUCAUGAUGUAACGGUGGAGAAUAAACUUGUAAGGCUGCAGCCGGAUGGAGUCAUUCUUUACAGCAUCAGGGUUACCUCCACGGUGGCCUGUGACAUGGAUCUCACCAAGUAUCCAAUGGAUGAGCAGGAAUGCAUGCUGGACUUGGAGAGUUAUGGCUACUCCUCCGAGGACAUUGUCUACCACUGGUCUGAGAACCAAGAGCAAAUUCACGGGUUGGAUAAGCUGCAGCUCGCUCAGUUCACCAUUAUCAAUUAUCGAUUCACUACUGAACUUAUGAACUUCAAAUCUGUUGGCCGGUUCCCCCGCCUGAGUCUCCAUUUCUACCUGCGGAGGAACCGAGGUGUCUACAUCAUCCAGUCCUAUGUCCCUUCAAUUCUCUUGGUGGCCAUGUCAUGGGUCUCCUUCUGGAUCAGCCAAUCAGCUGUGCCUGCACGGGUCUCCCUAGGCAUAACCACAGUUCUUACCAUGACGACCCUGAUGGUGAGUGCUCGCUCUUCCCUUCCUAGGGCUUCGGCCAUAAAAGCGUUGGAUGUCUACUUCUGGAUCUGCUAUGUCUUUGUCUUCGCUGCACUGGUGGAAUACGCCUUUGCCCAUUUCAAUGCUGACUAUAUGAAAAAGCAGAAACACAAAUUGAAGACCAGCAAGCAGGCAGAAGAGGUCAAUGUGAAGAGCGCCAUUGUUAUGUUCUCCCUUUCGAUUGCGGGAGUCAACCAGGAGCUGGCCACGUCCAGCAGGCAUCGCCGAGGGCCCCCAAACCCAUCUGGCUUGUAUGGCUCAGCUGAAGUAGAAACGGGGGACACCAAGAAAGGAGGGGCACCAAAGGCCAACACUGGUCUCAAGUCUCUUUUCAAACCCAUUGAUGCUGAUACCAUUGAUGUCUACGCAAGGGCAGUUUUCCCAGCUGCCUUUGCUGCAGUCAACGUCAUCUAUUGGGUGGCCUAUACGAUGUGAGGAUCCCAAACAGCAGCCGGUUCCUUUGCCAUUCCCUGAAGGAGCUUGGGGACAAUUGAGAGAGCAUCCCAUGAGCCAAACGUGGCAGCACUUUUAUCAGUACAGCUGUUCCAAAGCCAAACUGUUCUUUUGCAGGCGCAAAUGUUUGUUUUAUGGCCUCUUCCAUCCCCGACAAUGAAGGCGAAGGAAGAAUGGCUCAACUUUAUAAUUUGAUUUUGUUGAAGUUAAACAGCUCUGCCAAGCCUUUUGCUUCUCCGUUAACUAUGCCAAUUUCUGAAGGAAGACAAAUGCCUUUGGAGCAUCUGAUAGAUCAGGAAUAUAUUUGAAAUAAUUUGUUGUGAAAGUAGGACACAAUUUCUUGAGAGGUUUAUUAUCCGGGCAACAAUUCAGGUGGGACAAAUCAUGCACGGGAUGAAAUGAAAUGAGCAAAUUUUCGAGAUGAAGUGGCUGCUCUAGAUUUUGCCUGAUUUUCAAGCCUUGAUUAUUUACAGGUUCAACUACUCAAAGAUGGGCUGGUUGAGAUUUUACAGAAUUUCUCUUUAUUUAUUGUGAUCGGCAGCAUUGCCAUGCUCCUUGACUGUAAAGUUGCCAUAGCAGUAAUGGCAUGAUAAUUUAUAUUUGGCAAUUUUGAAAUGGUUUCCUCCUCCUUAAUUAUUUAUCAGUUCUAUACUGCUUUUAAAUUUGGAGAGUGGAGAUAAGGUUCUGAUUCGAGGCUUUGUAAUUUUUAAUGUACCUUUUGUUUAGCAUAAAAGGAUUUAGAACAAACCUAGCUGAGAAUAA